ACAAAUGAUAUAUCCAUAUAUGUAUAUAUAUAUAUCUUUCUCUUGGAUCUUCAUCAACCCACUUAAAAGAAGAAAGCAGCAAUGAGGAAGCCGGAUCUGAUGAUAAAAGAUAGAGUAAACAAUAACAAUAACAAGAGCAAGCUUAGGAAGGGCUUGUGGUCACCAGAGGAGGAUGAGAAGCUCAUGAGGUACAUGUUAACCAAUGGACAAGGAUGUUGGAGUGAUAUUGCUCGAAAUGCUGGUCUCCAAAGGUGUGGGAAAAGUUGUCGUCUUCGUUGGAUCAAUUACUUGAGACCUGACCUCAAACGUGGUGCAUUCUGUCCCCAAGAGGAAGAGCUUAUCAUCCAUUUGCAUUCAAUUCUUGGCAACAGGUGGUCUCAGAUUGCUGCACGUCUUCCAGGACGGACAGACAACGAGAUUAAGAACUUUUGGAAUUCCACACUAAAGAAAAGGUUCAAAAACAACAACAAUUCGACACCCUCAUCAAACGACAGUGAUGGUUCAGAGCCUAGAGAUCAUGUCACAGGAGGCCGGGGUGUCAUGCCCAUGCAUGAACUCGACAUAAUGAAUAUGUGUAUGGAAACAUUUUCGUCAUCAUCAACGUCGACGACCAUGCAAAAUUUUGUCACAGGCGGCAGCCAGUUUGACCCCUUUCCCGUGCUUGAUAACCGUUAUGACAUGACUGGUGCGGCCGGAUUGUUCAACAUGCAGCCUACAGGCUUAGCUCAAGUUGGUGCUGGGGAGAUUGGAUUUUAUGGAGAAUAUGGGAUCUUAGAGGCUAAUAAUAUGGGGUUAGAAAGGGACCUUUCACUUCCUCCACUAGAGAGUAGAAGCAAUAUUGAAGAGAAUAAUAUUGCUCAACCGGUGGAUAUGAAAAGCAAUAACAACAACCACUUCAAUAAUGGUUGCUUCAACAACACUGAUCACAGCUUUAAAGUAGAAAACAUGUUUGGUUUUGGAAAUCAUGCACAAGGAGAAAGCUUAAAGAUGGGAGAAUGGGACUUUGAGGGUUUAAUGCAAGACUUAUCCUCCUUCCCUUUCCUUGAUUUCCACGUUGAAUAAAACCCCACCUUUAACAGAUAGGGAUUCCAGACAAUUUUGCUAUACAAAUUGUUGGGAUCCGGAUCCACCCUUGACUACCCCCCCCCCCCCCCUCUCUCUCUCUCUCUCUCUCUCUCUCUCUCUCUCUCUCUCUCUCUCUCUCUCUCUCAUUUCUCUCACAAAACCAUCCAACAAGCCAAACCCUAGGAAAUUUUGGGGAAAAUAUUAUUUCUUUCAAAACCAUCAACUCAUAUAUAAGCCCUUUUAUCUUGCUUAAUUUCUUCUUUUUGUUCCACCAAUACCUUGUUGUUUCUUUUAGCCUUUAAGAAAAACGUAUCCAUCAAUGGUCCGUGGUAUUUCAAUUUCUUUGUGAGGCAUUUAAUUUGGUCGAUUUGCGGGAACAGAUGGGUACUGCAAUAAUCAUCGUCCCAUGCAGUAAUGAAGAGAAAUGUGAAUAGAAAUAUAUAUAGCAGUCGAGAGGAAAAUAAAGAUUAGAUGGUAGAAUAUUUUAGUUUCUUGUGUACAAAAGAAAUAAUCUGGAGGUACAUCAAGUGUUAUUAUAAUUAGUGGAAGAAAGAAUGUAACACCAAUUAUGUGAACUCAUGUUAAAUAAUAACAAGCAAAAUGAGAAGCUUAAUUCUGUUGGUUUUAUA